AUGCGCAUUGUCCCCAGAAAGCUGCAGCUACUCCUGACGACAAUAGUUUUUAUUACAGAGGGUCGUGCUGUGCCGUCUGCUCUUCCAAAAGAUCCGAAGUGUGGGCAGAAAGUUCAAGAGCCAAAACCACGGAGUUACCUUAACCUUUUCACUCGGAUUGUUGGAGGAAACCAGGUGAAACAAGGCUCACAUCCAUGGCAGGUUUCCUUGAAGCGAAGGCAACAGCAUUUCUGUGGAGGCACCAUUGUUUCUGCCCAGUGGGUGGUCACGGCAGCUCACUGCAUCUUAGACAGGAACCUACUCCAAUACUUGAAUGUCACUGCAGGAGAGCAUGAUCUGAGGAUCAGGGAGAAUGGCGAGCAGACGCUCCCUGUCAAGUACGCCAUUAAGCAUCCAAAAUUUGACCCCAGGAGGCCAAUGGACUAUGAUGUUGCCCUUCUGAAGCUGAACGGAGCCUUCAACUUCAGUUCAUCAGUCUUGCCAGCAUGUCUUCCUGAUCCAGGUGAAAAAUUUGAGGCUGGAUAUAUCUGCACUACUUGUGGUUGGGGCCGUUUGGAUGAGAAUGGAGUACUCCCUCAGGUCUUAUAUGAAGUCAAUCUGCCGAUCCUAAACAGUAAGGAGUGUUCGAGAGCAUUAUCGACUCUAGAGAAGCCCAUCCAAGGUGACACUAUAAUGUGUGCUGGAUUUCCAGACGGAGGAAAGGACGCCUGCCAGGGAGACUCGGGAGGCCCCCUUUCGUGCCGCCGUAAGCACGGUGCCUGGACUCUGGCUGGUGUGGUCUCCUGGGGGAUGGGGUGUGCUCGCGGCUGGAGAGGUAAUGAGAAGAAGAAACACUACGAAAGAGGAUCUCCGGGAAUAUUCACGGACCUCAGUGCAGUGCUUUCCUGGAUUCAAGAGAAUAUGAGUGCUGAUCUGAAAAUGAAAAGCUCCACAGCAUUUUGUAGCAUUCAGGAUGGCAAACUCCCUGAUGGUGAAGGACAAUUACAUUUUCCUGGAAGUCCCAAACAGUUCUAUCAAAACCACCAAUUGUGUAUAUGGACUCUAUUUGUACCAGAAGGGAACUAUAUAUUGCUUCAUUUCCCCCACUUUGAUAUAGAGCCAGAAACAUUUUGUGACUAUGAUUCUUUAUCAGUCUAUUCAAAAGAUGACAGACUUGUUGGGAAAUUCUGUGGAGAAGAUCUUCCAUUACCUAUUUUGAUUGGCUCCAAUAGUAUAAGACUGAAAUUUGUAUCUGACAACAAGGAUUAUGGAACUGGUUUUUCCAUGACCUACAAAGCUCUUAUACCAGAUAUUCUUCCUGAUUCUGGCUGUGAGUUCUUAGCUGUCCUUUUUGAAGAAGGAGUGUUACAAAGUAUGCACUAUCCAGAGCACUACAGCAACAUGGCACGCUGUCAAUGGAUUAUCUGUGCGCCAGAGGACCACAUAAUCAAGCUUACAUACCAGUUUUUUGAAGUAGAAGAGAGUGAAGAUUGCUCUUACGAUGCCAUGGCUGUGUAUGAAGAUGUGGGAAAAAAGGAGGAAAUUGCCAAGUCUUGUGGAUUUGCCCUACCAGCACCCAUUCUAAGCUCCUCUGCUAUGAUGUUGGUUGUCUUUCGCACUGAUGAAACAGAGACCUUUGGAGGAUUCAGAGCUACCGUCACUUUUGUUCAUGUGACAGAUUUAGACACUUUGAAUUCAACUAGUGAAGAAUAUAAAGAUAUGGAUAUGACUGAAGAAGAAAUAAAAGUUACAACAGAUGAUAUUUGUGGGAUGCCUUCAAAUCAGCCCAGGUUCAUCUUCAGUAGGAUAAUUGGAGGUGAAGAAGUUGUACCAUACUCAUGGCCUUGGCAGGUCAGUGUACAAAUUUCAGAUGAGCACAUCUGUGGAGGAGCGGUUCUGGCCAAAGAAUGGGUUGUCACAGCUGCUCAAUGCUUUACCUCUAAGGAACUGUACAGAGACUUAUGGAUGGUGGUAACAGGACUUCAUGAUCUUGGAGAGCAAGAAUACAAACAGAAAAGGUCAGUAAAGCAGUACAUUAUCCAUCCAGGUUUUAACAAGACCACUAUGGACUCUGAUAUCGCCUUACUGCAACUGGCUGAGCCCUUAGAGUUCAACCGCUACGUGCGCCCAGUGUGCCUCCCUGCCAAGGAGGAGGUGCUUCAGCCCUCCAGGGUCUGCGUUGUCACCGGAUGGGGUGCACGUGAAGAAGACAGAGAAAAGGGGAAAAAACUGCAUCAGCUGGAAGUUCCCAUCCUGGUGCUUGAUGCAUGUCAGAGCUACUACGUACACCUUCCCAGUAAAGUGACCCAGAGGAUGAUCUGUGCUGGAUUUCCUCUGGAAGAAGGCAAGGACUUGUGCACAGGUGAUUCUGGUGGCCCAUUAGUUUGUCCUUCAGAAGAUAACUCGGGAUUUUACACCCUUCAUGGAAUCACCAGCUGGGGUUUGGGAUGUGGAAGGAAAAGCUACCCAGGAGUAUACACAAAUGUUGGUGUUUUUGUUGACUGGAUCAAGCAGACUGUUAAUAGUAGCGGUAUAUCUCCCUGUGUUCAUGGUAUGACCAUUGAAAGAGCAGUUCCGAUGGACCACAUUGUAAAACACUUCCAAACCACAAAUGUCAUUGAAAGCAGAAUUUG